AUGGGACAAGCCGGAGGAGAAUUCUAUACUCCUCAAUCAGUUGUUGAAUUAUUAGUAGAAUUAAUUAGACCUUUAGAUGGAAUUGUUUAUGACCCUUGUUGCGGAACUGGCGGUAUGUUUGUCCAGUCAGUUAAAUUUGUUAAGCAUCAUUCUGAUAAAGAUCACAAAAAAUAUGACAUUCAGAUUUUCGGGCAAGAAAUCAGUGUUUAUACUCAAAGGAUAGCCAAAAUUAAUUUAUCUUUACGAGGAAUCGCAGCAAAUUUAGGGAAACCGGUAGAUACUUUUAAAGAUGAUCAGCAUCGAAACCUGCAAGCCGAUUAUGUUUUGGCUAAUCCUCAGUUCAAUCAAAAAAAGUUUCAUCUUGAUCCCAAAGAUUCUCGCUAUUCCGAAUUAGGAGUAGGAGCAGUAUUGAUGGUUAGCAACAUUCUUUUUAAUAGUGCCGAAAAAGCCAUUAAAAUUCGCCGUAACCUAGUUGAAAACCGUUAUUUAGAAGCCGUUAUUACUCUUCCGCCUAAAUUGUUUUUUGAAGUAAAUAUUGAUGUUUAUGUUCUUAUUCUACGAAAAGGAAGAGAAGAAACGGACGAUAACGUCCUUUUCAUUGACGCUAGCGAUUUGUUUGUUAAAGAAGACACUAAUUUAAAUAAACUUUCUCCUAAAAAUAUUAAUGAAAUAGUGAGUGUAUACCGAAAAUUUCAAGCAAAAAAAGAUGAUUAUGAUCAAGAGAGAACUUUAAUGGUGUCUCCUUCUGAAAUUGAGAAAGAUAAUGAACUGUAUAUUUUAUUGCCUAAAAAGUUUUUUAAGUACAACAGAAACAUCAAUAAAAUAUCUAAAAUCAAAAUAGAUGAAUUAACUCAGCAAAUUCAAACUUUGUUUAAAGAGAUUGAAAAAUUGAACCAAGAAUUAACAAUUAUUUACAAUAACUUAACUGAAAUCUGUAAGAUUUUGAUUAACCAAAACAAAGAAAGCAUACGCUUAGAUUUAUUAACUACUAUUCCUAAUUUCAAUAUUUUUUCACCGAGUGCUUAUUCACAAGUAUUGUCUAAUAUUUUUUUCACGGUUGAUUUAUUUUUUGCCCAGAACAUUAAUACUACUAUCAAAAUAAAGAACUACUUCAAUUUGAUAUCCGGUCAUACUCCUUUAAAAAGUAGAGUAGAUUUUUAUCAGAAUGGAACAAUUAAAUUCCUAACCCAAGGAGGGCUAUUAGAUAUUUAUUACCUUAAUAACGAAAUUCCUCAAAGUAAUUUGAUUACUGAAAAAGCAAUCAAAGAAAAAAAAAUGCCAUUCACUCGCCAAAACUCCGUCAUAAUGCCCCAUAUGGCACAAGAUGGAAAUUUCCUAAUUGAUAGAGACAUUUUAGGAAAACAGUUACAAUUGAUAAAUCCUGAAUUAAGAACUGAACAAGGAGAAAAAAUAAUAAAUGAGUUGAUAGAUAUUCCUUCUUCUUAUCAAAAGAUUGCUGAGAAUAAUUACGAUUUCUAUAAAAGUUUAACAAAAGGGGUAGAAUAUUAUGAUCAAUUUUCUCAAUCUCAUAAAAAGGUAGGAAACCUCGCUAAUCGAGAAGAAUUUGUGGUUUUCGAUUUAGUUCUUUUUAUUAAUGGUAUUCCAUUGACUAUCAUAGAAGUAAAGAACUGGAGUGAUGAUGAUAAGAAUUUACUAGAGAAACAACAAAAUUCUCUCAAACAAAUUAAAGAAUAUGAAAAAAAUGUUCCUCACAUUUUCAACUUUUUAAAUUUUGCUACUGCUUCCUUGUCUCCUUCAACUUUUUAUUACGGAGUUUGUGGAAAAGAUAACCAAAACUAUUUUUUAUGGAAGGGGAAAAAGAAGGAAAACUUUCUAUUUACUCGGCAAAAUUUUUUAGACAUCUGUCAAAAUUUUACUUUAUACAAUAAAGAAAAAGAGAAAUUUAUUAUUCGCUACUAUCAACUAGAAACCAUUCGAGAAAUAAAUCUAGAAGAUCCCUUAGUCGGAGUUAUACAGCACGCAACCGGAAGUGGAAAAUCUUUUUUGAUGGUAUGUUUUAUUAACUACCUAAAAAAUAAAAAGAGAAAUUACUGCUACCUAUUUGUCGCUGAUCGACGUAAUUUAGUUAAGCAGUUUUACGAUAAUUUUGAAAACUUUGAUUCUUCAGCAGAGUUCAAUUUGAUUGAAGAAAAAAGUGUAAUAAAAGAGGGGAAAUUAUUUUCUACUAUUAGUCGCAAGCAAGCCGAUAAUUCAAUUUUUUUCACUACUAUUCAAAAAUUUAAUCAAGAUGAGGUAAAAAGUUUCAACUGUCCUAAUAAUUUUUUAGUUAUUGUUGAUGAGGCUCAUCGCUCUCAACACGGAGAGUUUGCUCAAAUAAUGCGAAACUUUCUUCCAAAAGCCACUUUUUUGGGAUUAACUGCUACUCCGCUCACUAGAAAAGGAAAGUCUACAUCUGAGGCUUUUGGAAAAAAAGAAUACACUUUUACCAGUAGCCAAUCAGUAGAAGAAGGGUUUACAGUUCCUUUAUUUUAUCGAUUAAUUAUGGAUCAGGCUAUUUUAACCAAUGGUUCGCCUCUCAAAGAACAAUACCGAAGGAUUAUCAAAGAAAAUCAGGAUAAAGAGGAGGGAGAAGUCAAAAAAGCCUUAAACAAAGAAAUAAAAUUAGAAACUUUAAUUUCUAAUCCUAAAAGACUAGACUGA